GGCUGUGAUGGCUGUCCUGUUCCGUUCGCUUUGCCGUGUUCCUGUUGAGCAGCCAGCUCUACGUGUGAUUGGCCGAUACCAUCAUUCCCCUCAGACAACAACAACAGCAGCAUCGCAACCAGGACAAUAAAAAGCUAAUGAAAUUAUUUCAUUAUACGGGCAAAGGAAAAUAUGCGUGGACAGUCACUCUAUUACUACGUGUGCACACAGGGAAUACAAUAACACAGCUUCACUUUACAAUAAGGGUGCAUUUAUUAACAAUUUAUUAAUAUAUCUUAAUUCAGUAAUAAGAAUGAACUAACUGUUAACAGUUAAGAACCAAGAUACUAAGGUAUUAUUUUAAGCAUUAUUUGAAAGGGUUCACUGCUCAUUUAAGUCAAAUCAUUCAUUCAUUGCAGAUGAGACCUGUGGCGUUCAUUUUUCUUAUCCACGAAAGGAUCGCUUGUGCUGUAGCAGCAGCAACACUGUGUAUUUAUGUAUUUAAUUUUAGUUCUUCGCUUUCUUUGACGUGAUGUAAUUUACUGAUUAUUUCGAUUUGUCUCAUGUUGAUAUCAUCUGACGUAAGAUAUUUCACGCUGGAAUGCAACCUUAUGCAAUUUAACCUAUUCAAAAUGAUGAAUCGAACCUGGCAGGCAAAAUGUUGGCACGUACCAAGUUGGAUCAAAGAGUAUUUUUGAAAGUAUAUAGAGUAAAAAGAGAGUCAGCCCCAAUUCAUCUGCUCGGAGUCAAGGAAGCAUACUAGUGAAGCCACUGAAACAUCCAAUACAACGCGGCAUUUGGAACUACGAACCACUGACUUUGCCUGCCUCCUGCUGGCUACAAUAUGUAACUACAUCAACAAAAUAGUAAAAACACACCUGCUUUCCUCUCACUCUCAGGCGGACUGGGAGAGCAACGGCGGGUUGGUGAAGAAGCUGCCGUCCAUCCGGGAGGAUGAGGAGGGGGACGAUGAGCUGGGCACCGUGUCCUGCGCCCCACGCUCCCCGCUGCGCCCAGGCAGGGGCCUCAACUCCCCCAUCCGCUCCCCUCUGCUGCCCCCCAGGGCCUACCGGGGCCCCACGGAGCACGUCCGGCCCUCCUCCCUGCAGAUACCUGUGGUCAGCUUCAGUGCAGUUCCUGCUGAACUCAGCCCUCGAUCUGUGGAUGGCAUUGAAACAGACCACCACUCCGUUGCCUCACAGAAGUUUGAGUUUAGCCCAAUCAACUCACCUAUGGGUCCAUCCUCCCCUUUCCCAGGGAGCCGGGAUAAUUUUGAGAUCAAGCAGAGUGUGUCAAAACUAACAGAUGAGAUGAACUGUCUCACCAGGCAAGUGUCUCAACUCAGCCAGGAGCUUCAGGAAAUGACCAACCUGCUCAGGCCCCUCCUCUGCAUACCACCAAAGCCAAUGACCUCGGUGCUGACGCCAAGCCUAACCCCGCCUCCCAGCAGCACCAGCCUACUGUCAAUGAGCACCUGCCUGUCCAUGUCCGUGCCCUCCAUCCCACCCUGCUGUCUGCAAAGCACCCAGGCACCCGGCACCCUGCUGGACGGCGGGGACAUCGUGGGCAUGGACCUCCCCGGGUGCCUCCUCCCCACGGCGUCCUCCUCUGCCCUCAGGCCCCCCUCGUCCUCCUCCGCCUCGUCCUCCUCCUCCUCUCCCCCGCCGCCACUACAGCCACAGUACAGCACACAGUCCGGGGUGACCACGCCCGCCCGCGAGCCACCCUCGCCUGGGGAAGGUGACCCCGACGGCUCCCCCGGCUACCAGAGUCUACAGAGCCUCCAUGCUGGCUCCAGUGACGGCAUUCACAUCCCCUCGCUCCAGGAGAAGCCUCCCCUGGCUUCCCACCCACCGUCCCCCUCCACGUCCUUCUCCUUGUCCACCUCCUCCUCUUCCUCUUCCUCUCUCUCCCGCUGCCAGGGCCCCCAACUCUCUCUUCCUGGCAGCUGUGACGGCAGCGGCAGUGGGAUGGGCCUGCUCCCCCCUCCACCCUCCCAGGCCACGCCCCCGCCCGCGCCCCCGCCGCCCUUCCCCUGCUCGGCGCCUCCGUCACUCAACUCCUCUCCGGGGGUCGGCAGGCCCCGGGCCCUCGGGCCGUCCCCGCCCCUCAACGCGCCCACACCCUCCCUCCACCCUUCGGCCCUCUCCCUCCGCUUCUCCUCCCUGGACUCGGUGAGGGAGCGGGGGAGGGGUGGGAACGGCCACGUCCGGUCCUGGUCCAACGCGGCUCCGCCGCCAUGCGCCACAACCGGGCCCCCUGGGAGCCAGGAGCUGGAGAUGCGGGAGUGGGCAGCAGGGCCGCCAGAGGCCGGGAGCUUCCCCACAGAGCACGGCAUCAGUUUCAUAGACGAGGAGGGACACACCCUAUGAACGACCUGCAGCUGCGGACGAAAAGAGAAAGAGAGAGAGAGAGGAGAAAUGGCUGACAGUAGGAGAUGCCCGAUGCUCUGAACGGGCAGAGCGUUGAAGCGAUGGAGGAGGGAGAAGCCUACCAUAUACGGUCGCGGUACACCUGGGAGGCGACUUGGAUGGGGGCAGCUGUCACUAUUCAAUACAAGCCUUUCCCUCCUCGAAGGUGUCUGAGUGGGAGAGAUUUGUCUCACAGGUUCCACACAACGGCUGCAUUGGCCCCUCCAUCCCAUAGAUAAGUACCAUCCCAACUCGACCGGUCACUGGAUCCUUUCUGUAUUUCUAACCCUCGGCCCUUGCCGACAAAAACUGAGCACCUGUUCUAUAAUACAGCUGUUAAGCCUCUAAACAUGGAUGUUGAGAGCUCAACCAUUAAACCACUACAAUUAAAGGGCAGGCAUUCCCACUUCAA